GUCCAUCAAACUUAUAAACAUGUUGAAAACCUGGUGUUAUAUCAAUGCCAUACAUGAAAAUAUAAUAAUAAUAAUAAUAAUAAUAAUAAUAGAUAUGUUGCCUGAAUUCAUUUAGGAUCUAAAUAAGAUGUAAUGGUUGAUUGCUUUUAAAUGCAUCUACAAAAGGACCAUCUGCACGUGGCACAGGAGCACAUGGGACGUUCCUGACUUAACCGCCAACUUCUGUCAACUUUAUAAGAGUCAACCCUGCAUCAAAUGAAGCUUCACAAAAGGGACAUUUAUAUUGCACUGGCAUCUGAAGGGGCACAACAUAAAACAAAUGAAAGAUAAUAGAAAUGAAUGAGCAUAACAGAAUGAUAUUUGGCAUGCUGAUGACCUCUCUACUUCUGGUGGGCUAUGUGUUUGGUGAGAAGGGACAGAUGAAUCAGAUGUUCAGCAGAGGACUUCGACUUAUUGUGGAAGUUCCAUAUGUUGGUGAUCAUCUGGUGACUCCAAGGGUACAUGUUCUUAUGCCCGACCGAGUUCAGAGCAAACGUGCCGGAUCAGUUACACUUGUAUGUGUCAUCACCGGAUUACAGUUUAAAACGGUUAGGAUCACAUGGAAGGUGAAUGGAGCAAAUAGAUCCAGAAAGCACACCAGCAUAGCAGAAGUUCGCCAUGAGCCUGGUGGGACGUUCUCUGCUGUGGGACUGUACUCAGUUGUUGAUCAUAAAUGGAGUCAUGAGAAUACAUACAAGUGUGAGGUAACAUACAGAGCAGGAUUUCACUACCAUAAAAUAGAGUCUUCUGUAUGUAAUCCUCGUCAGGGAUUUGGACUGUAGAUUUUUGUUAUUUUUUUGUUAAGUCUAAAGACACAAACACAGAAAAUCCUGCACACUAUCUUUUUGCAAAAAAGUAUCAAAAUGUUUUUAUUACCCGAAAUAAAAACAUUUUGAUACUUUUUGCAAGAAGAUAGUGUGUGGGAUUUUCUGUGUUUGUGUUAUUUUUUACUAACCACUAAGUUGGAUGCAGAAGCAUCUAAAUAUGUGUUGUUGUGAGAUAUUACAGAUAGGCUGUUUAAAAACAAAUUUGAGGAACUGAUACGUGUUUGAUAACCUGCUAGGGAUAAAUGUUAUGUUUUUUUUAUCUAUUAAAGUUUUUGUCUUACUACAAAGUGAUGCAUCUUCCUGUGAUCUGAAUUUACUUCUUGUGUGAUGUACAUGUUUUCUGAUUAAAAAGUGUUGAAUAAAUAAUAAAUCUCCGGUGGGUUUAAAUAUAAUUUGUCCUGAAGUCUCAUUAAAUGGCGAAUAAAAUAUGUUAUUUUGUAGUCUUUCAUUAUAAAAGAAGUUCAAAAUGAUUCAUAUUGUAUAUAUAAUAUUUAAUAAUGUGACCUUUAGUGACAUGGCAAGCUUUGGAUGUCAAAUUAUAUAUCUCAAAAAUAAAUUUUCUACAUAAUUAUAAUGAUAUAUCAUUAUGCGA